AUGAAAAGUGACAACUGGAGCUUCACAGGAGAUCCCCCUAAAAACUUCAUCCUCCUGGGCGUUUCUGACAGGCCAUGGCUGGAGCUCCCCCUCUUCACAGUCCUCCUGGUGUCCUAUGUGCUGGCCGUGCUAGGAAACGUGGCCAUCAUCCUGGUGUCCCGGCUGGACCCGCAGCUCCACAGCCCCAUGUACACCUUCCUCAGCCACCUGUCCUUCCUGGACCUGUGCUACACCACCACCACAGUCCCCCAGAUGCUGGUCAACAUGGGCACGUCCAAGAAGACCAUCAGCUAUGGUGGCUGCACCGUGCAGUAUGCCAUAUUCCACUGGCUGGGGUGCACGGAGUGCAUCGUCCUGGCUGCUAUGGCCCUGGAUCGCUACGUGGCCAUCUGUGAGCCCCUGCGCUAUGCCAUUAUCAUGCACCAUGCUCUCUGUCAGCAGCUGGUGGCGGUGGCCUGGCUCAGUGGCUUUGGCAAUUCCCUGGUUCAGGUGGUCCUGACAGUGCAGCUGCCUUUCUGCGGGCAGCGAGUGCUGAACAACUUUUUCUGUGAAGUGCCCGCGAUGAUCAAGCUAUCGUGUGCUGACACGGCGGUGAAUGAUGCCACACUGGCUGUGCUGGUAGCCUUCUUCGUUCUGGUUCCUCUGGCUCUCAUCCUUCUCUCCUAUGGCUUUAUCGCCCGUGCUGUACUCAGGAUUCGGUCCUCCAAGGGGCGGCGCAAGGCUUUUGGGACCUGCUCCUCUCACCUGGUGGUGGUCUCUCUCUUCUACCUGCCUGCCAUCUACAUGUACCUGCAGCCCCCAUCCCACUACUCACAGGAGCAGGGCAAGUUUAUCUCUCUCUUCUAUUCCAUAAUCACCCCCACCUCCAACCCCUUCAUCUAUACCCUGAGGAACAAAGACGUGAAGCGAGCACUUAGAAUGCUCCUGGCAAGGAUCUGGAGCCUCUGCAGAUGA